GGUCCUCUCUUUUUCCCCACAUCAACAUAGCCUCGAGCUCUUCCUCUCUCUCCUGCCAUGGCCGGCGUUGUCUACCACCAGCCGAUCUCCUCCUCCGUUGCUUCCCUUCCUAUUCCCUUUUACCAUAGGCUUUGCCUCACUCCGGUGAUUCCAUUUUUCCUAUUUCCCCUCUCCUUUAGCCACUUCCACAAGCCACCAACGGCACCACCAAAGCCGGCCGGAGCUGAGCUCUUGUUGCCGCUGUUCCAGCCAUCCUCUUUUCCCCCUAUGCUUUCCACCGACCUCCCCGGAUGCGCAGCGAGCGGGAACACGCUUGGCCGCCGCCGUCGAGGCCGUUCAACCACCGAAGCACCGGCGCCCUGUCCCUUUUCCUCUCUGUUGUUGCUCGGGAGAAGAAACAGAAGGAAGGAGAGGAACGGGAGGAAGAAGAGACAUAUGACAAACCGUACAGCAAGUUCUAUCGGCAUCCAAGGAGCUGACGUGGACCCAAAUGGCUACGCUGAAACCAUGGGAAAUCUUAAGGCGCAAGAUUCCGAUUCCUCCGACGCUCCGGUGUACUUCGACCAUGCUAUUGUUGUACCUUGUUUCUUUGUCAACUUGGGGUUCUAA